CGGCGGUGGGCGGGCGCGGGGCUGUGACGCGCACGUCGCGCGGCUGUGACGUCCUUCCAGCGUCUCCUCCGGCUGCGGCUGCUGUUGCUGCGGCCGCUCCUGCUCGGUCCCGGCCGCCCGAGCCGGUGCCGGUGCCGGUGCCCUCGGCGCCCUCGCGGCCGCGUCCCCCCGCUGCCCCCCGGCUGCCCCGGCCCCGGCGCGACCAUGGCGCAGUACAAGGGGGCGGCGAGCGAGGCCGGCCGGGCCCUGCAGCUCAUGAAGAAGCGGGAGCGGCAGCGGGAGCACAUGGAGCAGAUGCGGCAGCGCAUCGCCGAGGAGAACAUCAUGAAGUCCAACAUCGACAAGAAGUUCUCGGCCCACUACGACGCCGUCGAGGCCGAGCUCAAGUCCAGCACCGUGGGCCUGGUGACCCUCAACGACAUGAAGGCGAAGCAGGAGGCGCUGGUGAAGGAGCGCGAGAAGCAGCUGGCCAAGAAGGAGCAGUCCAAGGAGCUGCAGCUGAAGCUGGAGCGCCUGCGGGAGCGCGAGCGGAAGCAGGAGGAGAAGCGCAAGAUCUCCAGCCUCUCCUUCACCCUGGACGAGGGCGAGGAGGAGGAGGAGCGCGAGGAAGAGGAGCCCGAGAAGGACGCCACAGAAGAGCCCCCCAAAAAGCGGAAAUUGGGCAAGAACCCAGACGUGGACACCAGCUUCCUGCCCGACCGGGACCGCGAGGAGGAGGAGAACCGGCUGCGGGAGGAGCUGCGCCAGGAGUGGGAGGCCAAGCAGGAGAAGAUCAAGAACGAGGAGAUCGAGAUCACCUUCAGCUACUGGGACGGCUCCGGGCACCGGCGCACGGUGAAGAUGAAGAAGGGCAACACGAUGCAGCAGUUCCUGCAGAAAGCCCUGGAGAUCCUGCGCAAGGACUUCAGCGAGCUCCGGUCGGCGGGGGUGGAGCAGCUCAUGUACAUCAAGGAGGACCUGAUCAUCCCCCAUCACCACAGCUUCUACGACUUCAUCGUCACCAAAGCCCGGGGCAAGAGCGGGCCGCUGUUCAACUUCGACGUCCACGACGACGUGCGGCUGCUGAGCGACGCCACCGUGGAGAAGGACGAGUCGCACGCGGGCAAGGUGGUGCUGCGCAGCUGGUACGAGAAGAACGAACAAGCACAUCUUCCCCGCCAGCCGCUGGGAGCCCUACGACCCCGAGAAGAAGUGGGACAAGUACACGAUCCGAUGAGGCCCUGGGACCCCCCCAAGACCCCCCCCGUGUGUCCCCAAGGACGUGCUGGCCCCCCCCCCCGUCCCCAGCCCCCCUUGUGUGUGUUGGGGGGGCCCCGGGCCGGGCUGGGGGGCCCCGAAGCUUUUACGGUCGCCGCCGGGGUGCAAUAAAGGUCCUGAGCCCCCCCCA